AUGAUGACGAUUGCUUUUCUUUUUUCGUUCCUUUUAGUGAAAUCCUAUAUUCCUAUCAAUGCCCGAUGGACACAGCAUGGGUUGACUGUUGCUGGAGGCUAUGGACGAGGAAAAGCCACCAACCAACUGAACUGGCCUGAAGGCCUCUUUGUUGAUAAUGAUCAAACGAUGCUCAUUGCUGCCCAUGGUGUUGAUCGUAUCAUCCAAUGGAAGAAAGAUGAUAUGAAUGGACAAGUAGUGACUGGUGGCCAGGGCGAAGGAACUCGAUUGAAUCAAUUCAAUUGUCCAACCGAUGUGUUAAUCGACAAAGAGAUGGAUAGCCUCAUUAUUUGUGAUCUAGGAAACCGGCGAGCCAUGCAAUGGUCUCACCGUAGUGGCACAACACAGGGAGAAAUCCUCAUCAGCAACAUCGACUGUUAUGGAUUGGCAAUGGAUGAUAAGAGAAAUCUCUAUGUCUCUGACACUGACAAACAUGAAGUAAGACGAUAUCAAAUUGGAGACAAUAAGGGAACUCUUGUAGCUGGUGGUCAUGGCUGGCAAGGGUGCUCGUCUCAAUCAACUCAACCAACCGAAAUACCUCUUUGCCGAUCGACAACAGGCUGUGUACGUUUCGGAUCACGGCAACCAUCAUGUGAUGAAAUGGGAUAA